AUGCGAUGCGCGAGCAAGGCCGCCGAGAGCGCGUCCGCACGUCUCUGUCCGGACGUCGAAGCAGAAACCACAGCAACUGAUGUCUCAUCGGUUGCUGAAGCGACUCAGCCUGUGUCACUUGGUGAUGCAGGCGCUGGUCAUGAAGACACUCAUGUCUUCACAGAGUAUGAGCUCGGAGUCUCAUACUCUCCUGAUACGGAAGACGGAUCCGUAUCGACGGCGAUCGAUCCAAGCCGCCUGCCAAGCUUGGCAUAG